CGACUCUCUGCGCUGUACACUUCGCCGAUCGCCGGGCAUGCGCGACUCUGUAUCUGAGGGAUCGCAAGAGUAGGAAGCCGAGGCUGAAGAAAAACCCGUCUCGCUAUAUCCGUCGAGCGUGUUGUUGGUGUCUAUCUGUGUCUUUUGUCAAUGUUUUCAACCCAACUCCAGGGGAAGCCAUUUCGCCUUUCUUCGGAAAACCGCUUGAAAUAUACAAGAAUCGUGUUGAAAAAUCGAAAAAAUUAUGAGUGUUUGUAGUGUGAAAUGUGAACAUCAGUGAUCGGUGAUCAGAUCAUCUGAAGUAUAAGAAACACGCGCUUAACUCGACUCCCCUGCUUAUCAAGCACAUGCCCAUAUUAUACAAUUUACCAACAGUCUGUUACAAUCUGUUCGCCGCAAAAGUUGAAUGGAAUAAAUUUUAAUCUUCUUUUUUGCACCGUACGUGACACUAAAUGAACAUGUUAAUUCUAAAACUUCCCAAAAUGCUUAGCCAACUGUGGCUCAUACUGCUCUUAUCACUCUUAACCCUACAAGGCCCACAGCCGUCGACCGGCAUGGGUUACCAGGCGCAAUCGAAUGUGGAGUUGCUGGAAAACGAUUCGCGAUACAUCUCCUAUCAAGAUUUAAUGUCAACGGCAAAACGAUUUUACGAUCCCGAAACGAGUUGGUACUCGGAAAUGCUGUUCGACGUGGCCAGGAACCAAGUGAUAGUCGGCGCCAGGGACACCCUGUACCGCAUGUCUUUCGACCUGGAGCCGCUGGAGCGGGCCAGCUGGGGGGCCACGCCGUCGGAGAUUGCCAUGUGCCAGGCAAAAGGCCAGUCGGAGCGAUGGUGUCGCAACUACGUGCGCGUGCUCCACAGCUACGGUGAGAACCAGCUGUACGCGUGUGGGACGAACGCCUUCCAGCCGAGCUGUUCGUGGCGCCAGAUGGAGAACCUCAACGUCACGGGUGUGGACAGCGGCGUGGUCAAGUGUCCAUUCCAUCCGCAGGCGAACAGCACCAGUCUGCUGCAGGCCAAUGGCCAGCUCUUCGUGGGCACAGCCACGGAUUUCUCGGGCAGCGAUGUGGCCAUCCUGCGGACGGGAGUGCAGGCCAACGAGCGUUUUCUCCGCACCAAGCAAUAUAACAACAACUGGCUGAGUGGAGCCCAAUUCGUGGGAAGCUUCGAGGCUGGCAGCUUUGUGUAUUUUCUGCUCCGCGAAUCGGCCGUCGAGCACAUGAGUUGCGGCAAGGUGAUCUACUCGCGGAUAGCUCGGGUGUGCAAGAACGAUGUUGGCGGCAGUGGUCAGCUGCUCAAGGACAAUUGGACGUCAUUUCUGAAGGCCCGACUCAACUGCUCGCUGCCUGGGGAAUAUCCCUACUAUUUUGACGAGAUACAAGGGAUGACAUACGCCGAAUCCGAAUCCGUUCUUUAUGCCACCUUCAGAACUUCGGGAUCCAGCAUUUUCGGAUCGGCCGUCUGUGCGUACAACCUGAGUUCCAUCAACGAGGCCUUCGACGGCGCCUUCAAGCACCAGGAGCACGCGGAUGCCGCCUGGCAGACGGUGAACACCAAGCAGCGCAGCCAGUUCCAGUGCGGAACGAGCAGCAUUGGCCACUGGCUGGAGAGCUCCCGCUACCAGCUGAUGGACGAGGCAGUGCAGCCGAUUGGCAACCAGCCGCUGUACCACUCCAAGUUGGAGCAGUUCGGUCGCGUGGCCCUGGACAUCAUAAACACCAAGACGGAACAGGUGCACGUGCUCUUCGUGGCCAGCAGUGGGAACCACAUCAAGAAGCUGUCCGUGAAGUACGACGGCGAUGGAGCUCAGACCUGUCUGGUGGAAUUGUGGCAGGCCGAUGACACGGGGACCAGUGCCCUGCUGAAUAUGGCCUAUCUGAAGGUCAGCGAUUCCCUCUACUUGGGCACCGACCUGGCCCUCACCCGGAUUCCCGCCCAGCACUGCAGUCGCCAUGUCUCGCAGUCCAGCUGCCUCAACUCCAUGGAUCCCUACUGCGGCUGGAACGAGCUGAUGGAACGCUGCACGCCCCAGCCCCUGGACUCCUCGGUCCUGCAGCACUGGCACCAGGCCCCUAGGAUCACCUGUCCCGUGCUGAAUGCCCCCAUCGAUGGGGGCUGGUCCGCCUGGAGUUCCUGGGCCGUUUGCCAGCAGCACGAGCAGCCGGACAGCAAUUGCCAGUGCCGCCAGCGCAGCUGCAACAAUCCCCAGCCGCAACAUGGAGGAGCCACCUGCGAGGGCAUCAGCACUCAGGUGACGAACUGCACACAGCACGGCGGGUGGACGGAGUGGUCGGCCUGGUCGCCCUGCUCCCAGACCUGCGGCAUUGCCGUGAAGAUCCGGCGACGCACCUGCGGGAAUCCCCGUCCAGCGUACGGCGGUCGCACCUGCGUGGGAUCGGAGCAGUCGGAGAUGUACUGCCGCCACCUGCCACCUUGUCCGGUGGCCAAGCCGCAGUCCGUCGACGGAGGAUGGGGUCCGUGGGGCGAGUGGAGCGAGUGCAGUGCCCAGUGCGGCGGUGGCUUCCGGAUGCGCAGAAGGGAGUGCAAUGAUCCGGCUCCUCUAAAUGGCGGUAUGGAGUGUCCUGGCUGUCGAUUGGACUACGAGGAGUGCAACAUGCAGAGCUGCCAGGAGGUGCGCAAGCUGAGUGCCUGGACGCCCUGGUUGACGGUGCCCGGAAGCGGAAACUCCAGCGAACAGCAUACAGAGAGGAGAUUUAGAUACGUGUGUCGUGCCACCAGUCCGGAUCCCAGUUCCGUGAGGGUGGGCCAGGCCAAGGAGGAGGUGCGCAACUGCCAUGCGGAUGGUACUUGCCAGCGGCAGGGUGACCACGAUUCCCAGGACUCGGACACGGCGGACUGGUCACCAUGCAGCGUGAGUUGCGGAGGCGGCACCCAGCAGCGCCAGCGAGGACGUGGAACCCAGAGCCGGGUGUGCAAUCUGCAGGCUUGUCCCACGGAUGACCAGCAGCUGAGUAGCAACACCCUGGACAACGAGGUGGAGCACGGCGAGUGGGGCUGCUGGUCGGAGUGGUCCGCCUGCUCGGUCACCUGCGGCUUGGGACUGCGUCGGAGGACGCGUCGUUGUCUGGCGGGGAUGGAGAGACUUUGCCAGGGUCGCGCCCUCGAGGAGCAGAAGUGCGAAAUGGUGCCCUGCGAAGAUUUUCUGGGCUGGAGUGCCUGGAGCGAGUGGUCCAGCUGUUCGAGUGACGGCAUCCGCCUGAGACAUCGCCGCUGCCUGGUGGAGCAACCGGGAUCGAUGGAGUGCCGUGGUGCGGAGUUUGAGAAGACCGCCUGUGUGCCCAACGAAUGCGAGGAAACCCAGACCGCCUCAACCGCCACCCUGCCCAUCGUGAUCUCCGUUUGCCUGCUGUUCACAGUGGCCUGCUGCUUGGGAACCUAUCGAUUCACCAAAAAGCGAUUCCUCCUGAGUGCCGAGGAGGCUUUGAACAAAACCACAACGACUACGGCCAGUUUCGACUCGUAUCCCAAUCAGUAUUCCAGCCUGCCCACCAAGGAUUACUACGAUCAGCGACCCAAACGGCAGUCCAGCUUCAGGAUGCCCGCCAAGACGAGCAACUUGGGCAACGGCAACGGCACCCUCAACCGGAACAACAUGCACCACAACAACACGCCCAAGGUUCUGGCCAAGACCUACAACGAUUGCGAAACGGGAACGCUGAAGCGACAGUCAGCGCUGAACAACUGCCGGAGCAACAUCGAUGACGAAAAGUUCUAGAGUUCCAGCAGCUCUCGAGCCCCCAAGUGCCAUCUUUUGACAUGACCAACCAACUGUCUGUGGAAAUGUUACAACGAUAAUCAAUUUUUUUUUGCGCCACAUCGAUGCAGAUGCAAAAGUUCCUUCUUGACUCACAUUGAGUCGUUUUAGUUAAGCUUAUUGAGGUUACUUGACCUAAGUAGUUGUAGCAUGUAAUACGUAGUAGAUUAAGUUUGCCUAGAGCUAAGGUAAAAGAGUAUUUUAGUUGGACUCCAAAAAUUUCAAAAUUUUCUAUCAAUUUGUUUCAAACUUGGUUGCAUUUGUAGAUACUCCGUCAUUUAAAAUUGUUGUAUAAAUCGUUUAAGUUUAUAAUAUGGCCCAACAAACGAGACUGACCAUUUAUAAUUCUGUAGGAAAUCUGCUAAAUUGCCCAAAAUUAAAGCCAUGCAGCGAAGUAAAAAAUGUUUAAUAUUAAUUAUUUUUAGUACAUACCUUUAACUUAUCACUGAACUGUCAUAAUGUGUAGUGCUUAAAGUGCUGUAAAGUAUAGUGCUUAAGAUGCUUAAAACUACAAAAUAAAGCUAAAGUUUUACUAACAGAA